GAGGGGCGAUAUGUUGGGCUGUAAAUAGGUGGCGGGGCUGGUCCUGCGGAAGAUCCCGCAGGCCGGGGCCUCAGGGCAAAGUAGUCCCCCGCUGGAGCCGAGCGGGCGGGGAGGGAGGCGGCGCGGGCGGAGGCGCACGGCGGAGCGGUGCUGCGGCUCAGCUGAUAAUUGAAGGGACGACCAGCCGCCGCCACCGACGCCGCUGGGGGGGGUGGGGGGAGCCCGUGGAAGUUGCCGUCGCGCCACCGAGUCCGGACCGGAGACUUUGGGGCCUAACUAGUGAAUGGUAGUGUCUAGAAAGGGUAUGUCCCUUCAAGAGAGAGGUGCCAAUGUCCAACCGGCCUAAUAACAAUCCAGGGGGGUCACUGCGACGUUCACAGAGGAACACUGCCGGGGCCCAACCACAAGACGACUCAAUAGGAGGAAGGUCACAUUUAGGGCAGGCAAAACAUAAGGGAUAUAUCCCUCCUGAGAGUAGAAAAUCUAAUUUUAAGGCACCCAAAGUGCAAUCUAAUACCACUUCUGAACUGUCAAGGGGACACCUUUCUAAAAGAAGCUGCAGUUCAUCAUCUACUGUCAUAGUUCUACAACCAGAGGAUCCAGACAGAGCCAAUACUUCUGAAAGGCAGAAAACGGGGCAGGUGCCUAAGAAAGACAAUUCUCGAGGAGUGAAACGCAGUGCUAGUCCAGACUACAACAGAACCAAUUCUCCUAGCUCUGCGAAAAAACCCAGAGCAUUUCAGCACAUUGAGUCUCUCUCAGAAACCAAUAAGCCACACAAUAAGUCAAAGAAGAGACAUUUAGAUCAGGAGCAACAAGUGAAAUCUGCACAAUUGCCAUCAACAAGCAAGGCUCACACCAGAAAGAGUGUGGCUGCUGGUAGUUCACGGAGUCAGAAAAGAAAGAGGACAGAGAGUUCUUGUGUAAAGAGUGGUCCUGGGUCUGAAUCAACUGGUGCCGAAGAAAGAUCUGCAAAACCCACCAAGCUGGCUUCAAAAUCAGCCACCUCAGCCAAAGCUGGGUGUAGCACCAUCACCGAUUCUUCUUCUGCUGCCUCUACUUCCUCCUCCUCUUCGGCUGUAGCCUCAGCCUCUUCGACUGUACCACCAGGUGCCAGGGUGAAACAAGGAAAAGACCAGAACAAGGCCAGGCGUUCCCGUUCAGCAUCCAGUCCUAGUCCCAGAAGAAGUAGCAGGGAAAAGGAGCAGAGUAAAACUGGUGGCUCUUCAAAAUUUGAUUGGGCUGCUCGUUUCAGCCCUAAAGUUAGCCUACCUAAAACAAAACUGUCUCUUCCAGGGUCUUCUAAGUCAGAGACAUCAAAACCUGGACCUUCUGGAUUACAGGCCAAAUUAGCAAGUUUAAGAAAGUCUACCAAGAAGCGCAGUGAGUCCCCACCUGCUGAGCUCCCCAGUUUGAGGAGGAGCACACGUCAAAAGACCACGGGCUCCUGUGCUAGUACCAGUCGGCGAGGCUCUGGCCUGGGCAAGAGAGGAGCAGCUGAGGCUCGGCGGCAAGAGAAAAUGGCAGACCCAGAAAGCAACCAGGAGACAGUAAAUUCCUCAGCUGCCCGGACAGAUGAAGCUCCCCAAGGAGCAGCAGCCUCUAGUUCUGUUGCAGGGGCUGUUGGCAUGACCACCUCUGGGGAGAGUGAAUCGGAUGAUUCUGAGAUGGGACGAUUACAAGCCCUGUUAGAGGCCAGGGGUCUUCCUCCUCACCUGUUUGGUCCUCUUGGUCCUCGGAUGUCACAGCUUUUCCAUAGAACAAUUGGAAGCGGAGCUAGUUCUAAGGCCCAACAGCUUCUUCAAGGACUACAAGCAAGUGAUGAGAGUCAACAGCUUCAGGCAGUCAUUGAAAUGUGUCAGCUAUUGGUCAUGGGAAAUGAGGAGACAUUAGGAGGCUUUCCUGUGAAGAGUGUUGUUCCAGCUUUGAUAACAUUACUGCAGAUGGAACAUAAUUUUGACAUUAUGAAUCACGCUUGCCGAGCCUUAACGUACAUGAUGGAAGCGCUCCCUCGAUCAUCUGCUGUUGUCGUAGAUGCUAUUCCUGUCUUUUUAGAAAAGCUGCAAGUUAUUCAGUGUAUUGAUGUGGCAGAGCAGGCCUUAACUGCCUUGGAGAUGCUGUCACGGCGACAUAGUAAAGCUAUUUUACAGGCGGGUGGCUUGGCAGACUGCUUGCUGUAUCUAGAAUUCUUCAGCAUAAAUGCCCAAAGAAAUGCACUAGCAAUUGCAGCCAAUUGCUGCCAGAGUAUCACACCUGAUGAAUUUCAUUUUGUGGCAGAUUCCCUACCAUUACUUACCCAAAGGCUAACUCAUCAGGACAAAAAGUCAGUAGAAAGCACUUGCCUUUGUUUUGCACGCCUAGUGGACAACUUUCAACACGAGGAGAAUUUACUGCAGCAGGUUGCUUCCAAAGAUCUGCUAACAAAUGUUCAACAACUGUUGGUAGUGACUCCACCAGUUUUAAGUUCUGGGAUGUUUAUAAUGGUGGUUCGCAUGUUUUCUCUGAUGUGUUCCAACUGCCCAACACUAGCUGUUCAGCUUAUGAAACAAAACAUUGCAGAAACACUUCACUUCCUUCUGUGUGGUGCCUCCAAUGGAAGUUGUCAGGAGCAGAUUGAUCUUGUUCCACGAAGUCCUCAAGAACUGUAUGAACUGACCUCUCUGAUUUGUGAACUUAUGCCAUGUUUACCAAAAGAAGGCAUUUUUGCAGUUGAUACAAUGCUAAAGAAGGGAAAUGCGCAGAAUACAGAUGGUGCAAUUUGGCAGUGGCGGGAUGACCGAGGCCUCUGGCAUCCCUAUAACAGGAUUGACAGCCGGAUCAUUGAGGUAGCAGCCCAUCAGGUCGGUGAGGAUGAGAUAAGCUUGUCCACUCUGGGACGAGUUUAUACUAUUGAUUUUAAUUCUAUGCAGCAAAUCAAUGAGGACACGGGAACAGCACGUGCCAUUCAGAGAAAACCUAACCCCUUAGCCAAUACUAACACUAGUGGAUAUUCAGAGUUAAAGAAGGAUGAUGCUCGAGCACAGCUAAUGAAAGAAGAUCCGGAACUGGCUAAGUCUUUCAUUAAGACUUUAUUUGGUGUUCUCUAUGAAGUGUAUAGCUCCUCAGCAGGACCUGCAGUCAGACAUAAGUGCCUUAGAGCAAUUCUUAGGAUAAUUUAUUUUGCUGAUGCUGAACUUCUGAAGGAUGUUCUGAAAAAUCAUGCUGUUUCAAGUCACAUUGCUUCCAUGCUAUCAAGUCAAGAUCUGAAGAUAGUAGUUGGAGCACUUCAGAUGGCAGAAAUCUUAAUGCAAAAGUUACCUGAUAUUUUCAGUGUUUACUUCAGAAGAGAAGGUGUCAUGCAUCAAGUAAAGCAUUUAGCAGAAUCUGAGUCUUUGUUGACAAGUCCACCAAAGGCGUGUACAAAUGGUUCAGGAUCCCUGGGGUCCACAACACCAGCCAGCAGUGGGACAGCCACGGCUGCAACCAAUGCUUCUGCUGAUCUUGGGUCACCCAGCUUGCAGCAUAGCAGAGAUGAUUCACUGGACCUGAGCCCUCAAGGUCGAUUAAGUGAUGUUCUCAAGAGAAAACGACUGCCAAAACGAGGGCCAAGAAGGCCAAAGUAUUCACCUCCAAGAGAUGAUGACAAAGUAGACAAUCAAGCUAAAAGCCCUACCACUACUCAGUCACCCAAAUCUUCCUUCCUGGCAAGCUUGAAUCCAAAAACGUGGGGAAGAUUAAGUGCACAGUCCAACAGCAACAACAUUGAGCCAGCACGAACUGCAGGAGUUAGUGGUCUUUCCAGGGCAGCCUCAAAAGACACCAUAUCCAAUAAUAGAGAAAAAAUUAAAGGUUGGAUUAAGGAGCAGGCGCAUAAAUUUGUUGAGCGUUACUUUAGUUCAGAGAAUAUGGAUGGAAGCAACCCUGCCUUGAAUGUACUUCAGAGACUUUGUGCUGCAACUGAACAACUCAACCUCCAGGUGGACGGUGGAGCUGAGUGCCUUGUAGAAAUCCGUAGCAUAGUCUCCGAAUCAGAUGUUUCAUCAUUUGAAAUCCAACAUAGUGGAUUUGUGAAACAACUGUUGUUCUACUUGACAUCUAAAAGUGAAAAGGAUGCUGUCAGCCGAGAGAUCCGAUUAAAGCGAUUCCUACAUGUAUUUUUUUCUUCUCCACUUCCUGGAGAAGAGCCCAUUGGAAGAGUAGAACCAGUGGGCCAUGCGCCUUUGUUGGCACUAGUUCAUAAGAUGAACAACUGCCUCAGCCAAAUGGAGCAAUUUCCAGUCAAAGUGCACGAUUUCCCUAGUGGAAAUGGGGCUGGAGGCAGCUUUUCUCUCAACAGAGGAUCACAAGCUUUAAAGUUUUUCAACACACAUCAGUUAAAAUGUCAAUUACAAAGACACCCAGAAUGUGCAAAUGUGAAACAGUGGAAAGGCGGACCUGUCAAGAUCGAUCCUCUGGCUCUGGUGCAAGCUAUUGAAAGAUACCUUGUGGUUAGAGGGUAUGGAAGAGUAAGAGAAGAUGAUGAAGACAGUGAUGAUGAUGGAUCAGAUGAGGAAAUAGAUGAGUCUCUGGCUGCUCAGUUUUUAAAUUCAGGAAAUGUAAGGCACAGGCUACAGUUUUAUAUUGGAGAGCAUUUACUACCAUAUAACAUGACGGUGUAUCAGGCAGUGCGGCAGUUCAGUGUACAGGCUGAAGAUGAAAGGGAAUCUACUGAUGAUGAGAGCAAUCCUCUGGGAAGAGCUGGUAUUUGGACAAAGACUCAUACAAUAUGGUACAAACCUGUGAGAGAGGAUGAAGAAAAUAGUAAAGAUUGUGUUGGUGGCAAAAGGGGAAGAGCCCAAACAGCUCCAACAAAAACUUCCCCCAGAAAUGCAAAGAAGCAUGAUGAGUUAUGGCAUGAUGGAGUGUGCCCAUCAGUAGCAAAUCCUUUAGAAGUUUACCUCAUUCCCACACCACCUGAAAAUAUUACCUUUGAAGACCCAUCUUUAGAUGUGAUCCUUCUUUUAAGAGUUUUACACGCCAUCAGUCGGUACUGGUAUUACUUGUAUGAUAAUGCGAUGUGCAAGGAGAUUAUUCCAACUAGUGAAUUUAUUAACAGUAAGUUAACAGCAAAAGCGAAUAGGCAGCUUCAAGAUCCUCUAGUGAUCAUGACAGGAAACAUCCCAUCAUGGCUCACUGAACUAGGAAAAACCUGCCCAUUUUUCUUUCCUUUUGAUACCCGACAAAUGCUUUUUUAUGUAACUGCAUUUGAUCGAGACCGGGCAAUGCAAAGAUUGCUUGAUACCAACCCAGAAAUCAACCAGUCUGAUUCGCAAGACAGCAGAGUUGCACCUAGAUUGGAUAGAAAAAAGCGCACUGUGAACAGAGAGGAGCUGCUAAAACAAGCUGAGUCUGUGAUGCAGGACCUUGGUAGUUCACGGGCCAUGUUAGAAAUCCAGUAUGAAAAUGAGGUUGGUACAGGUCUUGGGCCAACACUGGAGUUUUAUGCACUUGUUUCUCAGGAACUACAGAGGGCUGAUUUGGGUCUCUGGAGAGGUGAAGAAGUAACUCUUAGCAAUCCAAAAGGAAGCCAAGAAGGGACCAAGUAUAUUCAAAACCUCCAGGGCCUGUUUGCGCUUCCCUUUGGUAGGACAGCUAAGCCAGCUCAUAUCGCAAAGGUUAAGAUGAAGUUUCGCUUCUUAGGAAAAUUAAUGGCUAAGGCUAUCAUGGAUUUCAGAUUGGUGGACCUUCCGCUUGGCCUGCCCUUUUAUAAAUGGAUGCUGCGGCAGGAAACUUCACUGACAUCUCAUGAUUUAUUUGACAUUGAUCCUGUUGUUGCCAGAUCAGUAUAUCACCUAGAAGACAUUGUCAGACAGAAGAAAAGACUGGAGCAGGAUAAGUCCCAGACUAAAGAGAGUCUACAGUAUGCUUUGGAAACUCUCACAAUGAAUGGCUGCUCAGUGGAAGAUCUGGGACUGGACUUUACACUGCCGGGAUUUCCCAACAUUGAACUGAAGAAAGGAGGAAAGGAUAUACCAGUCACUAUCCACAAUUUAGAGGACUACCUAAGAUUGGUGAUAUUCUGGGCACUAAAUGAAGGUGUUUCUAGGCAAUUUGACUCGUUCAGAGAUGGAUUUGAAUCAGUUUUCCCACUCAGUCAUCUUCAGUACUUCUACCCAGAAGAACUGGAUCAGCUCCUGUGCGGCAGUAAAGCAGACACCUGGGAUGCAAAGACAUUGAUGGAAUGCUGUAGGCCUGAUCAUGGCUAUACUCACGACAGUCGAGCCGUGAAGUUCUUGUUUGAGAUUCUCAGUAGUUUUGAUAAUGAACAGCAGAGAUUGUUUCUCCAGUUUGUGACUGGUAGCCCACGAUUGCCAGUUGGAGGGUUCCGGAGUUUAAAUCCACCUCUGACAAUUGUGCGGAAGACAUUUGAAUCAACAGAAAACCCAGAUGACUUCUUACCCUCUGUAAUGACUUGUGUGAACUAUCUUAAGUUGCCGGACUACUCGAGCAUUGAGAUAAUGCGUGACAAACUGUUGAUAGCAGCAAGAGAAGGCCAACAGUCGUUCCAUCUUUCCUGAUCACAACAAGAAAUCAGUGUCUGCCUGUUACAGCAAAAGAAAAAAAUCAUGAUUUCUUUUCUGUGUGUCACCUGAGUCAAGGAAACAUGUUUCUCCUUCUUGUUGUAGGAAAACGGCUUGCAGAUUAUAAUUCAUAAUGGCCCCGUGGACUUAAAGUGAUCAGGCCCUAAAACGUUGUUGUGAUGAAGUUUCUUUAGCAAGUUCUUGUUUAAAUUAUCAUUUAUUUGAUGAGUGAAGUUUUUAACUUGCUUUGCUGUGUGAAAUUUCAAAGGGAUGUUUUUUCAGGCUGGAACAAUAAAAAUGUCGCUGUGCAGUUUAAUUCUGGGCUGUGUGUAUCCAUCUAGCUAAGUUUGCAGUUUGUUUUUUCCAAAGACAACUUGUGUACAUAAGUACAGACAUUAAACUCUUGUGGAUUUAACAACUCUAGUUUAGUAAAUGGGUUCUGUGUGCUUUCCACCUCUCUAAUUUUCUUUUCUUACUUCAUUACUGCCUCUGCAGUUCAUACACAUUUGUAUUUUCUUUUUCCUUUUUUUAAAUAAUACAACAUGAAUAGUUAAGACAUUUUCAUUAGCUCUGGGCCUUGUCAUACUCAGUUCUUUCAAAUUAAAAUACAAUUUGAAAUUUAUUGAAUUGAAAUAAUAUUCUCAAUAUAAUUCAACCUUUGUAACUAGCUAGGUAGGAGGCAGGCUUUUCUUAUAGCUUAGGUUAUAGUUACAGCAUCUCCUGGCUUUUUGCCAAGUGACACUAGACCGGUCUGUUUACAUGAUAUUUCCUUCACUCUGGUAAGGAGGCAAGAAAGUGCAUUUAUUUUUCUGUGUAGGUUAAAGGUCCACAGCUUGGACUGGCCAGCAUUUAUCUUAUUGCCAGACCAUUUUAAAAUGAUAGAAAGUUUUAAAUGAAUUACUUUUCAUUCCGUGUUGGAGUUUUAAAUGAUUUUUUUCCUUCCCUUACUCCUGUUUUAAAUUUCUGUUCUCAGUCUAUAUUUUCCUCUCGUCUUCUCCCAGUGUUAAUUGCAGACGAACUGUUCAGCCUUUGUCUCCACACAGAUCAAAGCACCUGUAAACAAUGCUGUCCAUUUGUUUGUGUGCUCAUUUCUCAGAUCUGCAGUAAUCCAUCAGGUUAAUGUUUUUACCUAAAAAUAAAAUAAGUUUGCUUCACUGUUUUUGUUUAUAGUUCUGUGCUGUGUACAUGCCCACCUGUCUAAGAUAAGCACUUAGGGUGACGUUGCAGUGUGAGAAAGUCACUGUGUGCCACAAGUCCAGCCGUGGGGGGCUCUGUUUACAGCUUCUUGAACACAAAAUGUGGAAAGAAAAUGGGAGCUGAUCCAUUCCUUCCUAAGGCUCAAAUGAAGACUAAUAAAUUUGAACUCUGCCUUCAUCUCCUUCAAAAUGAGAUGCACCAUCUUUUUCUUUCUUUCUUUCCUUCUUUCCUUCCUUUCUUUCUUUCUUUCUUUCUUAAGAAAACUGAACUUUGAAGAAACUAAUUGUGCUGACUGUAUUGAUACAGAGCCCUCUUCUUUAUCCCAUUGCCCCAAAGGAAGGUAGUGGCUUAGUUUACUGCUGUGGUGACUGUCUUUCUACACUGACCUUGCCUUAUGUGGAAACAUCCCCUGCUGACAGAAAUCUCUUGACAGUUCGCCCAGUAAGGAGGAAAUGAGGCCAGAAGCUUCUCUGCUUACAGAGACUUCUAAAUGAGCAAUGUUACCUGGAGAGGGGAAGGGAGUUGGGUUCUGCAGCUUCACCCUGUUGGCCAGAAGAUCUGGGCCCUGUUGUCUCCAGUUCUGGUGUUCUACAUACUGAGCACAAAGUUUUUUGUGUGAACAUAGCAUUUUGUUCCUCACUUUUUAAAGAUCUGUUAAAAUGUAGACAUCUGUAUAAAACAGUGAUGUUUCAUAUUAAAAUAAUCUGUAUUUGCAUUUUACACCUGUGGUGCUGGCAGAUUUGGCUUCGUUGAUAUCUUGCAUCAAUUGAAUGCUUAUGAUGGUUCUGACUGGAAUAUUUCAGAGCCGGAAGUCACUGAAAAGCUUUCUAUCAUCAAUUUACUCUGUUCAGUACUUGGGACCUGUGGCUAAUUUGGGGUCAGGAAGACUACAUUUUAAAGCACUCUCAGCAGAGGCCUUAAUUUUGCACACUAGGGAAAUGUGCCCUUGGUUUGCUGUGCUCCAGUCAUCUCUAAAGGUUUGGUUUUCUGACCCAUUUUUGUUUUCCCUGUUGUAAUGAGAAUAUUGUCUUGAACUGUCGUGCUCUGUAUGAUUCUUUGAGAAGUGGUGGUAUAUAGGUGUCAGUGGUAUACAGCAUUGACAUUGCUGUAGCUGGUAUCCACAGUAAGUGGUGGUGUACAGGUGUCAAUGGUAUACAGUGGUGGUAUAUAGGUGUCAAUGGUAUACAGUGGUGGUAUACAGGUGUCAAUGGUAUACAGCAUUGACAUUGCUGUAGCUGGUAUCCACAGUAAGGAGUAACCUGGUGACAGGUCACUGGAAAGUCCCAGUUACCCAAACAGUAAUAGUGGGCAACUCAUAGCACUUAACCACGUCGGAAAAUUGGCAUAUGCCGAGAAGUUAACAUGAACAACUAAUGGCAAGAAGAAAUUCCUUAAUGCUUACAGACUUGUUCAGUAUCAAGGAGACAUUCUUCAAUAGUGGAAGAGGGAGUUUUAUUUUUACUACAAACAGACUCACAACCAAACUGAAAAGCAACUGCUCAUCUCUGUAAAGUGUUUUCUUUCUCUUUUGAUCUGAAACAUUUAUAUGAACUGCUGGAAUAAUGGAACUUCAGACUACAAAUGUGUAUGUAAAACUGCAUCGAUGCCCUGACUUCCUAUUAUAUUUUUAAUAAACAGCGUUAUCCUUCA